AAGGCCUGUGCCCGCCGCCCUCAGCAGGCGCUGGACCCUCCCUCCACGCUCUCUGGGCAGGAGGCCCUGGGGCCCGCCGAGCCCACAGCUGGGAAGAGCGCUGUGCUAUGACAGCGGCCAAGGCCCAGGAGCAAGGUGAGGACCUCUGACCACCCAGCCUUCUGUCCUGGAGCUUCGACUGCUACCUCAGGACAUGGUUGUGCUGCAGGACAGUGCGGACCCCGGGGACGCGGGGCUGGUGCUCCUGGAGCCCUUCCUGCACCAGGUGGGGGGGCACCUGAGUGUGAUGAAGUAUGACGAGGACACCGUGUGCAAGCCCCUCGUCUCCCGGGAGCAGAGGUUCUACGAAUCCCUGCCCCUGGCCAUGAAGCGGUUCACCCCACAGUACAGAGGCACCAUCACGGUUCACCUACAGAAAGACAGCCUGGGCCACCUCAGCCUGGUCGCCACCCCCCUGCAGGAGGACCAGGAAUCCUUCCAGGUCUCCGCGGGGCCGGCGGUGGCGAUAUGGCAGAAGCUCCAGCAGACCACAGGCGACGGUGGCAGCGCGGGGCCCCUCGCCCAGUGGCAGCAUGCCCGGCUGGCACACGCGCUCCCGGAGAGCCCGCAAAGCGACCUGCGUCUCUCCCUAGUGCGCCCGGCCGCCCGGAGAGAAAGCCCCUCCCCAGGGUUCCUGCUGCUGGAAAACGUCGUGUCCCAGUACAAGCGCCCCUGCGUGCUGGACCUGAAGAUGGGGACCCGGCAGCACGGGGACGACGCGUCCGCCGAGAAGAAGGCCCGCCACAUGACCAAGUGCGCGCAGAGCACCUCCGCCUGCCUGGGCGUGCGCAUCUGCGGCNAUAAGGUUUAUCAAACUGAUAAGAAGCACUUUCUCUGCAAAGACAAGUACUACGGAAGGAAACUCUCCGCCGACGGGUUCAGACAAGCCCUCUAUCAGUUCCUGCACGACGGGACCCGCCUCCGGACAGAGCUGCUGGCGCCCAUCCAGCGCCAGCUGCAGGCCCUCCUCUCGGUCAUCAGGAGCCAGAGUUCCUACCGCUUCUACUCCAGCUCCCUCCUGGUCAUCUACGACGGGCAGGAGCCGCCGGAAAGAGCCCCGGGUAGCCCGCACCCGCAGGAGGCUCCGCAGCCCGCGUCCGCCAGCUGCCCCGGAGGCCUCCCCAAAGUGGACGUCCGGAUGAUCGACUUCGCUCACACGACGUACAAGGGCUCCUGGAAUGAGCGCAGCGCCUAUGACGGACCGGACCCGGGCUACAUUUUCGGCCUGGAGAACCUCAUCCAGAUCCUGCGGGACAUCCAGGAGGGACAGUGAGACGUGGUGCCCCCCGUCCUGGAGCAUAGUAUCCAGAGACCUAUUGGUAGCGAGCAUAGUCUAGACACCCCUUCGAUGUCUCUGUAAUAACAUAGCUACGUUCAGGAGCCAUCACUCCCACGGCAGGCUGAGUGAAGAGCCGCUGAGAAAGGCAGCUCCGGAGAGAACUCACACGCCUGGCGUCUGUGCUGACACUGGUCACCCAGACUGGAUGGUCCGGGUGAGACGGCACAUGAGGUAGAGGCGGCAUCACAGCGAGACUCUGCAGUGUCUGCAUGGAACAUGCUUUCUUGUCACGCUGCAGUCCUGGCCGGCUGUGAGGCAAGUCCUCAUUGAAGAGGGGGCUCCCAGUCAUGGGUCUGCUUCAUGGGAGGCCUGUGCCAAGGGCAGGGCGGAGGUGAGGAACGCCUCCUACCUUCCUCAGAGGC